AUGUUGGAAAGGGCCUGCCCUUUACCGGAGGAAUAUAAAACCUCUCGCGGCGUAGACGCUGAAAACGUAAAUCUCGUUGUGAGCCUUGAAAUUCCAUGGAAGCGUGAAGUUUACUUGCAUCGCAUUGGCAGAGCAGGACGUUUUGGAAGUUAUGGAGCGUCCAUUAUUCUUGUCUCAGACAAGGGCGACGACUUGAAGUCACUGUGCAGGAUAGAGGAUAAGAACGCUACACCCAUCCUUGAAUUGCCAGAGCCACUUCCCGCAAACCUGGCCGACUCUGAUUGCCAAGUGGACACCUCGGAACUUGUGACUGUCACAAAACUCACAAAUCGCAGAAAACCACCCGCAGUACCACUGGACCCACUGGAUAACCAGAUCAGUGCGAAGGAUGAUGCACCUGUUGCUUCCCCCUCCAACCAACCAAAUCGGCCAUCCAGAUCGUCUAUGGAAAUCAAGCCCACUCGUUUACCGCCAAAUGGUCGCCGUACUGGCAAGCCCCCGUCACGCCUUGUAGAGAGUGUUUUGGCCUAUGCUGAUGCUAUGAAAAAGCACGAGCUGUGGCAUCUGACAGUUGACAAUGGUUCUGCCACCGAGCUGCCCAGCCCAGAGCCUAUCCAGCUGCCUCAUAAUUUGGAGGUGGAAGCCGUGCAGUGUCUGACAGAGUUUAUCGAUCGAACCACGUCGGCCAAUGACUGUUUACAACGGGUUUCACUCGAUUACCCGUUAGUGACCUCGCGCGAAGAGGGCACUGAGAAAAAACCGUUAGCCGAGGACUCUGUCCAGGAACAAAAAAUAUCGGUGAGCGCUGCAACGGGAGUCAAAAAUACUGCUGCUGUUACUGUUGCCGCUCCCGUUGUUUCAAAGAUGUCAGACGCUACUUGCACCGCGGGUCAGUCAACUCACCACCUUACUUCACGUCAGAGAGCUGUUUGGAAUGAGUAUUGUCGCCUAUCCGCCUGGCGUGAUUACUUCUACACUUGCUGGGAACAGGAGCUAGGCCAGUAUCAAGAGAAACUUCGCCAGUACGAGGGGCUUAAACAACAACUGGCUCAAAAUGAAUCGUGA